GCCAAACUCAGCCAGUCCUCCAAUGCCACGAGUCUUCUUGUUCAACAGAGCCUCCCCUGAUAUGGAAAAGGGUCUUUUUGUCCAACAAAGCCUCCCUUGAACUAGAGCCAGGCUGCUUGGCUUCAGUUCACUCUCCAGCUUCAAACUCAGCAUGAUCCACCACUAUAAGCUUGGCAUUCAGCAGCUGAAAGGUCUCAAGUUUCAGGGCCUUAGUCAUCAUGUCUGCAAUUUGCGCAUAAGUCAUGCAAUGCUCCAUUGUUAGUACACCAUUGUUGGCUAGCUCUCUCAAAAUGUGGAAACGAACAUUAAUGUGCUUGCUCCUGACGUGCAUAACUGGAUUCUUAGAUAGCUUUAUAGCUGAGCUGUUGUCACAAAAGAUCCUUGUUGCAGCAUGAUGACUUGAUAUUUACACAUGUUUUUGUCCACCAUUCCUAUACUGUUUGAGCCUCAUUUCUGGUGUUUUAAACCGAUUUCACGCUAGGGUGCUCUUGUUUGUGAUAUUUCAGGUCCUAGGACGUGAAUGAAGGUUUGGGCAUGAAUUCAGGGUCGAUUGGACGAAGUUGGGACGUUUGACGAAAAGCUGAGGAAGCCACACGGUCGUGUGACUUGGCCGUGUGGAACACAUUUACGCGGGAAAAGCCACACAGGUCGUGUAAGGACCCCCUUUUGGCCGUGUGGCAUUUCCAGAGAGUUACACAAGCUGGCCAGAUUUCCACACGGUCGUGUGGUUUUGGCCGUGUAGCGUACCUGGAGUCACUAAAUCAAACGCGGCGUUUUGGAGAGUUACACAGGCAGCUGGGGAUUUCACACGGCCGUGUGAUCGGGCAGAACUGGGUUUUUAUCUCAAUAUCGGGUCUUUGAAGAGGGAGACAAAUUUCUAGAGCAAAAACAGAGUCCUAGAGAGAGAAAGUGCGAAGAACUAACCCUAGAGGUAAUUUUAGUUGUAAUGACUUUUGGAUUGCUAUAAUGCUUGAUUAUAAUCAAUUGAAGCAUGAUUUAUUGAGUCAAUUGAAGGCUGAUCAACUUUUCUUGAUUUCUUAUGCAACCUGAGAUAGAUAGAAUCUGAUUAGGUUGUUAGAGCUUCUUCAAUCGAUAGUAGUGAAUUGAUUAUACGAGAGUUAGUCAACUCACUACUUUGUACUGGAAUUCAUUCUAGUAGUGGAUAUAUGUGUGAAUCACCUUAGCCAUCUAUCCCCGCGAAGGCUAGUCGCCUGCCGGGUAUUCUGUCUAAGAGGGCUUGGUCAACUUAAGAGAUUCCAAGCUAAUCUAGGAUCUUCUGCAGUUUAAUCGACAGUAAAUCAACCAAAGGGAAUUAAAACUUGGAAUCAUUCUCAAGCGUUGUCUUUUGCUAGGGGAAUAGGCAUCACAGGAGUUGCAGCUGGAAGAGCAGCUCGCGGAGCUAGAAAAAGCUGCGAUCGAGAGGCGAGAGAAACCAUUCAAGCGGAUCCUUAUCUCGCCCCGGAUCGCCACAUCAUUGGAGGAGCCACCAGAGCUGGAGGUUAAGCCCCUCCCCUCUCACCUGGAGUAUGCAUUUCUCCGGGAGGGGAAUAAGCUCUCGGUCAUUAUCAGCUCGGAUCUGACACCAGAGCAGAAGAGCAGACUGGUGGCUCUGUUGAAGAAGUAUGCACGGGCCAUGGCAUGGAAGAUAACUGACAUCAGAGGAAUUAACCCAUCCUUUUGCUCCAACAAAAUUCUGAUGGAGGAUGAGGUUUAGCCAGUCAGGCAGCCGCAGUGGAGAUUGACUCCUAACUUGGAGGCAGUGGUCUGGCUAGAGAUUGUGAAGCUAAUGGAUGCAGAGAUCAUCUUUGCUAUAUCUGAUAGCAAGUGGGUCAGUCCCACUCAUGUGGUCCCGAAUAAAGGCGGGAUGAAUGUGGUCCCAAAUGAGAAGAACGAGUUGAUCCCGAUGCAGACCGUGACUGGCUGGAGAGUCUGCAUCAAUAUCCGGCGCCUGAUUGACGCAACUAGGAUGGACCAUUUUCCCCUACCUUUCAUUGAUCAGAUGAUGGAGAGGUUGGCUGGCCAUGAGUUCUACUGCUUCCUGGAUGGCAUGUCUGGCUACUUCCAAAUUCCCAUCACACUAGAGGAUCAGGCGAAGAACAAAUUCACUUGCCCCUUCGGUACUUUUGCUUACCAGAGGAUUCCAUUUGGGUUAUGUAAUGCAUCGACGACCUUCCAGCGAUGUAUGCUGGUGAUCUUCGACCGACUAGUUGGAGAGAUCAUGGAAGUCUUCAUGGACGACUACUCAGCUUACGGAGACUCCUUCACUCAUUGUCUCCAUAACCUAGAACUUGUCCUGAAGAGGUGCGAGGAGACUAAUCUGGCACUCAGCUGGGAGAAGUUCCAUUUUAUGGUUCAUGAGGGGAUUGUGCUCGGGCACAAGAUCUCCAAGCAAGGGAUUGAGGUGGAUCGUGUAAAGAUAGAGACGAUCAGUAAGCUACCUCCUCCCAUUUCUGUGAAGGGGAUCCGCAGCUUUCUGGGUCAUGGAGGCUUCUACCGACGCUUCAUCAAGGACUUCUCGAAGAUUUCCCUACCUUUGACCAAGCUGCUAGAGAGGGAUGCACCAUUCCAUUUCACUCCUGAGUGCACAGCUGCAUUCGAGACAUUGAUGGAGAAGUGACACGCUACGGCACAACACCAAACUACGACCAAGUGUAAUCGCAGUCCAGGAAUGCAGUAAAGUGGCAAGUCUAAUUAUCAACCCGGGGUCUAGAUCUGCUGUCUACUCCGUUAAUAUCUAUUAUCUAGCAAACUAAGUUGAUUGAUUGUGGUUUUAACUAAAAGCAGUAAGAAAGCAGGAAAUGGUUCGGUUUUCUAAAGAAAAGGAAGAGUCACUCGAGAAUAACCCCCUAGCUCCUUAGUUAGGUCUCAGUUGUAAUUACCCUGGGUUGAUUUACUAUUGAUUAAACUGCGGAAGAUCCGAUAGUAGCUUGGAAUCUCUUAAGCUGACCAAGCCCUCUCAGUCUAACUACCCGGCAGACGACUAGUCUUCACCGGGAUAGAAAGCUGAAGCAAUAAGCACAGAACUCCACUACUAGAAUUGGAUUCCAGUACAAAGCAGUAGACUGACUAACUCUCGUAUAGCCAAUCUACUACUACCGAAUGAAGAAGCUCUAACAACCUAAUCAGAUUCCAUCUAUCUCAAGUUGCAGCAGAAAUCAAGAAAAGCUGAUCAGACUUCAAUCCAUUCAAUGAAUCAUGCAUCAUUUGAUUAAAACCAAACAGUAUUGCAAUCCCCAGGGCCGGGCCAUGAUAUUCAGAGGCCCUGUUCGAAAAUUAAAAUGUGGCCUUUUUUCUCUCAUAAGUCUAUUAAAAAUAAAAAUUAUUAAAUAAAUAAUAAAAUACAUAAGUUUAAAAAAUGAUUACAAAAUAAGUAAUAUUAUUUAUCAUUUUGAAAAAAAGUAACAAUCGUCUAGUAUUAUUUGAAAUAAAAUACUCUAUUAACUCUUCCAUCUUUGCAUCAUCCAAGAAGUUAUUCUCAAUUGUGAACAUCGCUAAUCCGUUAAGUCUAUCUUCUAUCAUUGUAAAGCGCAAAUAAGACCUCAACAACUUCAACUUUGAAAAGCUUCUUUCAAAAUCAUCAACAAAAUUAAUUUGAUCCACCAUAUCAAAAUUUGAAGUUUUAAAACAAUCAACAAAACAAAGAAGAAUACUAAUUGCCUGUGAGAUGAUAAUUCCUUCUUACCGUUUACAUAAGACAUAAAAAAGAUUCAUUUUUACCAUUGAUGUCCCAUGAAAAGCUUUUCUCAAUGAUCAAGUGUAGGCCCAUCAUUUAGUUGGUGCUAGUAACUUUGUUUGCCAAGCAAUUUUAGCAAAGAAUGAUCUUACCUGAAGGCCCGUUUAAGCUAUAGAUUAAUUAGAGGCCCAUAAUUAAUUUAAAGGGAGUCA